GCUCUCUCUCCGGGCUGCAGGAACAGAGACGCUGGCCAACGGCUCCGAGCCGAGAGUUCCCGCGGAGGGCGGCCGCCGCUACAGCCACCCGCGGCUCCCGGAGACCGAAGACGGCGGCCUCCGCGCCGCCCGCCGGGCGUGUGCGACCCGCGUCCCGCACGGCUCCGGGGAGAGGGUGGUGGAAGAGCAGGGAUCCUGUUGCCUCCACCCCAGAGAAGGAAGCCUCGAAGAAGGUGACCGCCGCUCCAGGACCUCCUCGGGAAGAGUCGGCGAGGACGGCGGCUUUUCCUGCAGGGACUCGAGAAGAGUCGGUGAAGACCUAGGCCAGCCCCGCAGUGUGGCUCAGGAGAGAGUCCGGGGAUACGAUGGCCCCCGGCCGAGCAGCCCAUGGCUGGCCGUGAGAGGCGACUCGAGGGGAGCUGUCAGCGAAGACGCUUGCGUCGGCGUCCCCGAAGCCCGAGGGCCCCGAACCAGCGACUCGGGGGACCGAGGCAGUGACGACCGCAGCGGUUCGAGCGAAGGAGCAAGCGUCGAUGGCAGUCACUGCCCCAGUAGUUCUUGGGGAGGCGUAAGUGAUGACCCGAGCUACGAGACCAGCGACUCUUCCAGGGUGAGCAUCAGCGGAGACGCCAGCCGUCGCCUCAGUGGCUUCUGGGAGAGAGAAAGCGAAGAAGAUUCUCGCUUCAGGGGCUCUUGGCAGAGAAGGGAGGAUCGGGGGCCCCGCGCCAGCCACGAGGAAUCCAGUUGUUGUAGCAGCAGUGACCCAUGCGUGGGAGCAAGUGAAGACCGACGCAGCAGCAGGGGCCUGGGCUCCACUCCUCCCCAGAGCCCAAGUCCGACGGCGAAGGACCAUACCAUGCCUGGUGUGGCCAAUUCAGGUCCCUCCAAGUCCUCUAGGGAGACUGCAGACUCAUGUUCCAGGAAGAAGGUGCAUUUUGGUAGCAUACACGAUGCAGUGCGGGCUGGGGAUGUUAAGCAGCUUUCAGACAUAGUGGAGCGCGGCGCCAACCUUAAUGAAGCAGACGUUCUCCAUCAGUUCACCCCUCUACAUUGGGCAGCACAUUUUGGGAGUUUGGAGUGCCUUCACUGGCUACUCUGGCAUGGUGCUGAUACCACAAAGGAAACUCCAAGAGGAUGGACCCCGGCUCACAUAGCUGCAAUCCGGGGUCAGGAUGCCUGCAUGCAGAUAAUGCUGCGAAGUGGAGUGGAUCCCAGUAUGGCUGACAAGAGAGAGUGGAGACCCGUGCAUUAUGCAGCUUUUCACGGGCGCCUGGGUUGUCUGCAGCUUCUGGUCAAAUGGGGGUGUGGCAUAGAAGAUGUGGACUACAAUGGGAACCUUCCAGUUCACUUAGCUGCCAUGGAAGGCCACCUUCAUUGUUUUAAAUUCCUACUGAGUCGAAUGACCCGUGGAACAGAAGCUUUAAAAGCCUUCAACGACAAUGGAGAAAACGUAUUGGACCUAGCCCAGCGCUUCUUGAAGCAGAACAUUUUACAAUUUAUCCAGGGGGCUGAGUAUGAAGGAAGCAAUCCAGAUGAUCAGGACAAUUUAGCGUUUCCAGGUCAUGUGGCUGCCUUUAAGGGUGAUUUAGAAGUGCUUAAGAAAUUGAUCGGGGAUGGAGUAAUCAACUUGAAUGAGCGUGACGAUAAUGGAUCGACCCCUAUGCACAAAGCUGCUGGACAAGGCCACCUAGAGUGUUUGCAGUGGUUAAUUGAGAUGGGAGCCAACAGUAAUAUUACCAACAAGGCAGGAGAGAGACCCAGCGAUGUGGCUAAGAGAUUUGCCCAUUUGGCAGCAGUGAAGCUGCUAGAGGGGCUGCAGAAAUACGAGAUAGAUGACGAGGCUGGAAUUGAUGACAGUCACACACAGUUCUUCAUAAGGCAUGGUGUUGAGGGCAGCACCGAUGCCAAGGAUGACGUGUGUCUUAGUGACGCAGACAAAGCAAACGCCAGAAUGAGAGCCUACAAGAAAAUUGUGGAAUUGAGACAACUUCUGGAGAUUGCGGAGAGCAACUUCAAACACUUGGGUGGGAUAACAGAGGAGGAUCUCCAGAAGAGAAAAGAACAGCUGGAGUCUGAGAAAACCAUCAAAGAGCUGCAGGACCAGCUGGCCUAUGAGCGACUCCGCAGAGAAAAGUUAGAGUGUCAGCUGGACGAAUACCGAGCAGAGGUGGAUCAACUCAAGGAAACACUGGAGAAAAUCCAGGUCCCCACUAUCGUGGUUACGGAAGACACCUGCAGAGAGCCGAGGAGAGCAAGAAAGAAAGGGUCUCCUGGGGGCGCGUUUGUGAGAAGAUGCUAGUCCGUGCAGGAAGGUCAGAUAAAUGCUUGAUUUCCCUUCAGUUAAACAUGAUAUAAUGUAAAUCUAUAGAGAUCCUUCCAUUCUGAAGGUGAAAAUGUUGUCUAUCAAAGGGAUUUUAAAAAUUCCAUGGACUCAGGAUACAUAUACAUUCAAGUCAACAUUUAUGAGUAAUAAUUUCACAAGUAUUCACGUAAACUGUUAAAUUUAAGAUGGUACAAUCUAAUAGUCAAAGGAAAUCCAAUUCUAGAUAAUAAAAUUAUCAAAAUGACA